AAGGCGAGGGAGCGAGAAGCAGGCGAGUGAGGCGCGUUGCUGCUGAGCCCGCAGCCCCUGCAAACCCGCGGGGAAGGAGGGAGGAACUUUGAGGCCACUGAGCCCUGUCCAGCCCGGCAGGGGGCAGGGAGGUGACCCGGGCAGGAGAAGGGACAGGCAGAGGGAGGAAGGGAAGGAGGCAGCAGGCUGGCAGUGGAGCUGAGCGGUCUCUGUGAGCGCUGACACGGGCGGCGAAGUGACCCUGCUCGCUGCCCCCCUCCGCCUCCUCACUGUUACACAGCGAGUAGGGGGGUCCCUGCUGCGGGGCCUUGUCUGUCACCCCCCGUUUCUUCCCCACCCGAGUCCCGCUGAGGACCUCGGCCACCCCCAGCAGGUCUCAGGGCGCUUGGCGGGUGGCCGCGAUGGUGGAGGAUAACGCAGACACCACCUCCAGCUCUGCGGGGAAGAAGAGCCGCGAGGGGUGCCCGGACCAGCCGCAGCCUUACCCAAGCAGCCGGCAGCCGGAGGAGUGGGAGAUGGAGAAGUCGGCGCAGGGGCCCCCAGGGCAGCCAGGAGGCAGCCGCUUGGUGGGAAGCAGCUGCCCGCAGAAAAACGCUGAGAUCCUGAGCAGCCAGUACGGCAUCAACUUGUUCCUAGCCGGGCUGCUGCUCAUGUUCGCCUGGGCUGUGCAUGCCGUGGGCAUCAGCAAGCAGGAGCUGCUCUCCUAUCUCAUCACCAUCAUGCUCAUCCAGCUGCUCUGGAUGCUGUGGUACAUCUUCAGGAGCUACACGCAGAGGAGGCUGAUCCAAGAGAAAGACACCCACGCAGGAGCCCGCUGGUUAAAGUGUGGGAUUACAUUAUUUGCAGUGAUUACUUUAAUUCUGGACUCUUUUAAAAUUGGAUACUUUAUUGGAUUUUCAAACUGUUUAUCAGCAACUGAAGGCAUUUUUCCUGUCACACAUGCAGUGCAUACGCUUUUACAGGUGUAUUUUCUUUGGUGUCAUGCCAAGGAUAUUAUCCAGUCUUUCAAAACACUUGAAAGGUUUGGGGUGAUCCAUUCCGUGUUUACAAAUUUACUCCUGUGGACAAAUGGAGUGUUAACAGAAUCAAAACACCUACUCAAUGAACACAAGGAAAGACUAAUCACACUUGGUUUUGGAAACAUAACAAUAGAUUUAGAUGACCAUGCACCCCAAUGUAAUUGUACAACAACUCUCUGUUCAAUAUUUUCUCAAGGAAUGUAUUACCUAUAUCCCUUCAACAUAGAGUAUCAUAUUUUAGCAUCCACAAUGCUCUAUGUCCUGUGGAAGAAUAUUGGACGCAAAGUAGAACACCACCACCAAUACAAAAUACCGUUCAAGUUUCAUGGCAUAACAGUGGGCACGAUUUUUGGACUAAUUGUGCUGAUUAGUACAAUAGCGAUCGUUGUCGUGUACUUAAUUCAGAUAGGACGUUCGAAAAUCAAGAGUGAGUUAGCACUUACUAUGUUUUACUUAUAUGCUAUCUCCGUACUGACUCUUAUGUGUGCAGCUGGAAUUGUCGCCCUUCUAAUUUACAGACUAGAAGAAAGAUCAAUGGAUAAUUCAAAAAAUCCUGCCAGGAAACUUGAUGCAGACCUAUUAAUUGGCACAGCUUCAGGUUCCUGGCUCCUCUCUUGGGGUUCUAUCCUAGCGACUAUCUGUGCCCAGGCCCAUCCAAAAUACACAUGGUACAAUCUGCCUUAUUCCAUCCUGGUUAUUAUUGAGAAAUAUAUUCAGAACCUCUUUAUCAUUGAGUCCAUACAUCGUGAACAGGAAAAGGUGAAUGAUGACAUUAAAACUCUUCGAAUAGUAACUGUAUCCAAUCAGAGCACUCUGUCACUUACCCCAUCAUACAAAGAAAUUUACAAUGGAGCAGCUGAUAUGGACAAUGGAAAGUUUCCAUACAUGUUCAAUGAGAAUAUCUACAUGAGAGAAAGAAGUGGUGGUGAUGGUUUUGAUGAAGUCAGGAGUCAAGCUAGCAGUCCAGUCAGACACUCAACCUCAGAUUUCUCACUGUACAGUCGAAACUCAGUUAACAAUAAGAGGAGAAUCCUGAAGAACAUUGCAGCAUUUUUAUUCCUGUGUAAUCUUUCGCUUUGGAUUCCACCAGCAUUUGGUUGCCGCCCAGAGUAUGACAAUGGACUGGAAGAAAUAGUUUUUGGCUUUGAACCUUGGAUAAUUGUUGUUAACCUUGCAAUGCCUUUUUCUAUUUUCUAUCGUAUGCAUUCAGCUGCCUCACUCUUUGAGGUCUAUUGCAAAACAUAAUCUAUAAACAGUCUCAGUGAACAAUGAGUUGAAUGCAUGACUGAAUAAAUGAAAAGGUGACAGAGUGAAUACACCAGCAGCUUAACAGGUUCUACAACUAUUUUAAUAAACAAGACUAUAGUUAAUAGAACUUAAUAUUCAAUAUCAUUCAUUCCCCCACAUAUUUUAUUGUACUUUUUUUAGACAGACACUUCGAUAUUAUUGUAGAGUAAAGUUAACCAAAAUGUGUUUGAAUCUUUUGCUGUCUAAAUCAUCUGAGGCUCAACAUGUGGAAACUAGAUAUGUUCUCUGAGUUAUUUGUACUGAUGCAGUUCUCCUCUGCAUGUUGCCUCUGGAUGGGAUUUUUCAAAAAUUAGGAGCAAAGAUCCCAUUGACUUUCCAUCAGACCUACGCUUCUAAAUUACUUAGGCACCUUUGAAAAUCUCACCCUCAAUUUUUAGCAAAAUGUUUUAUAAUAUAAACUGGAAACAUAAUCUGUUAUUUAGAGGGGGAAAAUUCUGUUUAAUUUUCGGACUGAGAAAAAUAAUAUGUUAUCUUCCUGAGUACACUGUAAGAAAGUACAGACACUGUAUAGAUUUAGAUAUGGUACUGUAUAUAAUUCCUUAUGAGUUAAACAUGAUUUUAUUCAUGAACUCCCAUUGUUUUAUACUUACUAUAUGAAAUAACUAAUGAAUAAAGUUAAUUUCUUUAAUUGUU